AUGCACAAAUUGGAGAACAAUGCUCAAAUUUGGGCAAGGCAGCGGUUGGUUCGUUGUCUCUUCAAGGCUUAUGAGCAGGUGCAGAGAAGUUGCCCGCAAUGGGACUUUUCUUCUUCUCUGCAACCUCCAGUUGUUCCAGUUGUCAAGGCCAUCGUGGGCCACAUCUUCCCUGAGCUUCGCGUGCCUGACUUUCAGACUUUCCGGUCUCACCUCUCCAGGCGGCUUCGUGAUGCGAUCCCAGCAGCCGCGCAACGGGUUGAGGGACGGCCAUUUCCGUUGGAGAUCCCUCUUGGUUCAGUGCUGGACAAGAAGCUCUGCCAAGGUCCAGGAGUCUCGUUGCAUCGGAGCUUGCGGGAGAGUUGGGAGGCGGAGUUUCAACGUUCUCAGGACACAGAAGUUUUGGCCAAGCAGGUCCUGAACGAGGCACAUCGGCGGGCCUUUGCCGAACUGGUGUUCCAAGAAGCUGUGAAUGUCCGUGGAAUCCUUCUGCAGAGUUGGAGGCAGGUGUUGAUUGCAGUUUCAGAUUUCCUACCGGAAGAUGCCAGGGGGCAAGCCUUCAAAGCCUUGCAGGUGACAUGUGCUGCAGGGACAGCACAACGAGCCAGGCUGGUUGCGUUGCUGGCUGCUCCACCGGGUCUGCUGCCAGAUCUCAGAGCCCUGAAUCCAUUCUUUGAGGAUCGGACGUUUGGUUCGUUCCCUCGUUGGACGGUUCAGACCCCUCAGAGCCAGAUCCCAGCAGAGCUGAAGAAUGCCAUGAGGGAGUUGGUGCAGCUUCAGGGCUUGGCCACGUCUUUAUGCCGCAUUGCCCAGGAAUUGAAUGGUGAAGUCAGCGCCACCUUGCAGAGGCAGGUCGCAGACCUUUUGGAGAUGUCCACAGGCCCCAAAAUGCGAGAUGAAUGGCUUCAGUUCGAGUGGGAGCAGCGCUUGGUAUGCCGACCUGUUCAGCUACAUGUUGCGACCGAUAUGAUGUCACCGGGUUUCGACCAGAAAGUCCUCCAGUUAAACAUGGGCGAGGGCAAGAGCAAGGUUAUCUUGCCUUUGCUUUGCGCAGCCGUCGCAGAUGGCGAGCAGUUAGUCAGGGCAACCUGGCUGUAUCAAAACGGCCAAGCCACUUUGACCUUCUUUCAGCUCAUGCUCGUUUGGUCUUCUGCCAUUGUUCCAGAGUCUUCUGGCAGAGCAUUGCAGCACAUGGCACUCUAUCUGCCGUAUCUUCUUUCUUUGAGGUAG